AUGCAGGAACCUCCACAUGCUGAUGUAGAUGGUACUGCGUGGCCUGAUGCUGUCUGUCAUGCUGGCUCUCUCAUGAGCUCCCUGACCUCUAUCUUCAACAGCGCCAGCAUCCUCUUCAUCAUGGACAUCUACACCAAGGAUAUUUAUUCUUCAACAAUUGUCAUAAGCAUCCUGUGGGUCCCACAAGUACAGGCAUCUCGAAAUGGACAACUGAUCCAUUACACACCAGCAAUGGCUAGUUACCUUGGAUCUCCAGUUGCAGCUGUCUUCCUGCUCGCCGUCUUCUGUAAAAGAAUCAACGAACAAGGAGCAUUCCGGGGCCUAAUCACUGGACUUGUGAUGGGCUUUAUUCAUAUGAUCGCAGAGUUUUCCUAUAGAACAGGGAGCUGCCUGGCUGCCAGUGACUGUCCCAACAUUAUCUGUGGAGUGCACUAUCGGUACUUUGCCAUCAUUCUCUUCUCUGAGACCACCGUGGAUGCUCUGGGAAUUUCUCUAUUAACAAAACCCAUUCCUGACGUACAUGCCCUGCAAUGUGAGAGACUGCAGUGUGUCACUCUCCUCUUAGAACGUGGUGCGGAUCCCAAUAUUACAGAUAUUACAGAUAUCCACUGUAACUGCGAUCUCCACAGCGUCAAUGUAGAGAUUACAACAAAACCCCCUGAACAUGGUGCCACUACAGAGGUAAUGAACAAGGUAUAGAUUAACUGACUUUAUUUUGAAAAUAUUGGAAAUGCAUUUGUUUUAACAUUGACAUAUGUAAGGGUUCAAUUUUCCAAGUUUGGAAACUUAAGCAUUCCCUAAAUUAAA